AAAAAGUUUUUUUACAAAGAGACUUGUUUAUUGUGUCGCUGUCGCCAAAGUAUGGCCGUCUUGUUAGUGUCUUUCUGAUAUUAAACUGCGAUUUUGCAAUGUAUUGUACAAUCUUGUUAAAGCUUGCAUAUUCUUUGUGGACUAAUUUAAUACAACUUUUUGGAAAGAUCAUUUUAAAGACCCUUUUAUUUUUAAGUUUUGACAGUAGCAUAUCAGAUAUGUUUUAAUUGCUGAUGCGGUAUUGUUGAUUUUUAAAAUGCGCCGGAUAAUAGCCCAUUUUGUAAACAACUGAGGUGAUGCAAUGCCUAGUCGUGCUUAAGUGUGUUUCUAACUACUCUCCAGUCCUGGUGUUAUAAAUGCUGGCAAAAUGAAAGACGUUUUGAGUUUUGUGUUGCCAUAGAAACCAUAGAGGUGGAGAAAAAAGCCGACUGCGGGAGGAAGAGUGAAACUUUGAAGAUAUCAGCAGGAUAGGAGACGGAAACUCGAAGAUUUCGUUAGUGAGAGCCUUCAGAGACAACGGGCAGAGAUGAAUCGGGACUCACAGAAGCUGCCUGCGGGGACCAGCCCGCUGCAGACAGGACAUGACACGAGCUUUGCCCUCUUGGAUCUGCAGCAGAAACGCAGAGAAGCAGAUUUGCUGGACGAAAAGCUCAAGGAGCGCAAACAGAAAUUGGAGAACUUACAGCAGUGUGCAGAUGAGUUGGAGGAAGAGAUAAAGAAAGUAAAGGAGUUGUUCUUCAGUCGUGAUAUGUUGCUGAAGACUCAGGCUGCAGAUGAAGCUGCUGAUAGAGCAGAGAGGGAGAGGAAAGAGGAGAUUCGGGUGCAGGAGGAUCUGGAGAGGUUAAAGGUGGAGUGUGCCACAUUGAGGGAGACAAAUGAGGAGCUGAAGAGUCAGGUGGACAGACUCGCUAUGUCUAAGAAAUUCCUGGAACAAGUGGUCAAAAUGACAAAGUUUGAUGAUAUAGAGGCACUCACGGCUCAUUGUGAGAAUCUUCUCCACUUUCGAGACCAACUGUAUCGGAGGGAGAGUGAGGCGCUGGAGCAGGUCGACCAGGAGAGAAAAGCACUGCUGACACUGGAAGACAAGCAUCACUUCCUGCGGCUGCACAAGAACAACCAGCUGUCCAAGCUCCAGACCGAGCUGGAGGAGACACGCUCCGAAGCUCACACAUGGGAGAGAAAGUGGAACCACAUUCAGGAAACGGCAGCAAAGAAGACACUCAGACUGGGACAGAUCAAGAUAGCCACUCUCAACCUCUUUGAAAUGAUAGAUGACAAGGUAAAAGACGAGGAAGCUGUGGAUAUAAACGACACGGAGAAACAGCUGGACCAGCUCAAGAUGUUCUUCCAGGACCAUCAGGACAUGGUGAAUAAACAUCAAACUCCCUCACAGAGACAUGAUGGACAGAAAAAAGACAAGCGUGUUGUAAUUCACAGUGAAAAAAAACAUAGUUAGAAAUGACUUAAACAUACCUUUCCCUGCUGCUUUAAAACUGAACAAGUAUUGAAUAAACUCUGCUAUUUAAAUGAACCAUGAACUUGAAGACAGUAACCCUCAAUAAACUGACACUGAGGUCAAACAACAACUGAUUAAUCCUCCUGCUUUGCUACUUACAGUAGUAAAACUAGAGACAUGUUUAUAGUUCAUGCUGGGAAGUAUGCUAAGAGCCGACCAAUAUUUCUCAAAAAACUUAUUACGUCAUUGUAAUUAGCAUGGCUUGAUUAUGUCUGAUGAGACAACAACUCACCUUUUUGGCCAUCAGACUAGACGCUAUGUUUGGCGAACACCAAACACUGAACAUCACCACAAACGCACCAUCUCCAGCCUGAAGCAUGGUGGCAGCAUCAUGCUCUGGGAAUGUUUCUCAGCAGCAGGCCCUGGAAGGCUGCAGGACCAGUCUUCUUCUUGUCCGGUCACUAAGAUUGAGCUCUAGGCAGAUUUAAACAAGUGCCAUACUGCUUCCAUUUCUUAAUGAUGGUUUAACUGAACUCUGUGGGAUGUCCAGUGAGCUGGACAUUUCUUUGUAGCCAUCUCUUGACUUAUACUUUUCAAUGAUCUUUUCUCUGAGUUGCUUGAAGUGUUCUUUUGUCUUCCUGUUGCAAUUGUAGCAGGAAUAGUGAUGAACCAGAGACUGGACCUCCCACACACAGAUGUUUUUAUACUACGAUCACUUGACACACAUCAGCUGCACUCAGGUGAUCUCGAGUUCUGGAACUCUGUUGAAUUAGGUCAGUUACCUUAAAGGGGAUGAAUACUUAUGCAAUCAUUUAUUUUACCUUAUAUAUUUUUAAUUAAUUGAUAUUAUUUUGUAAAAAUCUGUUUUCACUUUGAUAUCAAGGAGGGUUUUUUUGCAAAUUCUUUUUAAGAGGGCCAAAUUAUAUUGACCAUGAUUUCAUGUGUUAAAGCAACAAAAGGUUGAAACAUCCAAGGGGGAUGAAUACUUUUGCAAGCCACUGUAUGUGUAUGAGUGGGAGUAGGGAACUGGUUGUCUGUAACUAUAUGUCAGCGACCUGCUCAGGGUGUACCCCGCCUCUCGCCCAAUGUCAGCUGGGAUCGCCCCCAGCCCCCCCGAGUGCGGAUAAGUGGAUAAUGAAUGAAUAUACUAGGGCUGGGCGAU